CCGUUGAAAUUGACAAAUCAGCAAUGGCGACUCAUGAAAAACUUCAAUAUGUCACCAAAACAACAUUUAGGGGGAGUGAACCUUCGCGCUGCAGUCAUAUUUUGAAGAAACAUAAUAGUUUCACCAAACUGUGCGGUUGCAGUUCAGUCGAAAGGCUGCCUGGUGUCUUUCCAGGAGUUCUGUAAAUGUCCACCCCUUCAGAUACGUCAGGUGGUAUGUCCCAUCCUGGCCCGUCUCCGGGGGCAGGUCUUUCCCCAGGUCCCAUUUUGGGACCCAGCCCUGGACCCGACCCUUCACCAGGCUCUGUUCAUAGUAUGAUGGGGCCCAGUCCUGGACCUGGAACACCUAAUGCACCUCAUGGUAUGCAGGGCCAAGGGCAAAGUGAUUACUCUCAGGACACCAUGUAUCCUAUGCAUAAGCCCAUGGAUGGAAUGAAUGACAAGACCAUGGCAGAUGCAAUGCAUUAUGGUCACAUGAAAGGUGUGGGAAUGAGGUCGCUACAUAGCGGUAUGGGACCUCCACAGAGUCCAAUGGAUCAGUCCAGCCAAGGAUACAUGUCCCCCCAUCCGUCCCCCAUGAGUGUCCAUGAGCAUGCGUCUAGUCCUAUGUCAGGAGGUGGAGGUGGUGGAGGACCCACACCACCACACAUGCCUCCAUCACAGUCAGGCCCCAUGAUACCCAUGGAUUCACAAGGAGGCAUGUCCAACAUGGGGAGGGGACCUUCUGCUUUCAGCCCAGUCCAACUGCAGCAACUCAGAGCUCAGAUUCUAGCCUAUAAGAUCCUGGGUCGUGGGCAACCGCUGCCUGAAAACCUUCAACUUGCUGUUCAAGGAAAGAGGAGCCUUCCUACAAUGCAGCAACAGCAGCAGCUGCCACAACAGCAGCAGCUGCCACAACAGCAGCAGCAGCAGCAGCAACAGGCACCUGGUUCUAGUCCUUACAGCAGACCUCCUGGUAUGCCAAUGGCCCCUAUAGGUGGACCCCAGUCAAGUCCUUGCCCGACCCCAGUAAUGCAAGGACACAAUCAAAGUACAGGACCCAAACCUUGGCCUGAUGGUCAAGGAGGUGACAAUCAAACCAGUGCUCAGAAGCACCUCACCCCUGCUCCCAGUGGACGCCCAUCCCCUGCGCCACCUCAGGUGUCUGCUAUGCCGGCUGGUCCUGUUCCAGGCAGCUCAGUGACCCCGCAGGCUCCAGGACAGCAGGUCUCCCCCAUGCUCCAGAUGCAGCAGAAGCAGAACCGCAUCACACCAGUCCAGAAGCCCCAAGGCUUGGACCCAGUGGGGAUCCUGCAGGAAAGAGAGUACAGAUUGCAGGCUCGGAUUGCACAUCGUAUCCAGGAACUGGAAAGUCUUCCUGGCUCUCUGCCUCCUGACCUGAGAACCAAAGCCACGGUAGAGCUCAAGGCCCUGCGUCUACUUAACUUCCAGCGGCAGCUGAGACAGGAUGUGGUGGCAUGUAUGAGGCGAGACACAACCCUGGAAACAGCCCUCAACUCAAAGGCUUACAGACGCAGCAAGCGGCAGACACUGAGGGAGGCCCGCAUGACAGAAAAGCUGGAGAAGCAGCAGAAGCUUGAACAAGAAAAGAAGCGCAGACAGAAGCAUCAGGAAUAUCUGAACAGUAUCCUUCAGCAUGCUAAAGACUUCAAAGAAUAUCACCGCUCGGUGUCCGGUAAAAUCCAGAAACUCACCAGAUCAAUUGCCAACUGGCACACAAACACCGAGCGAGAACAGAAGAAGGAGACUGAAAGAAUCGAGAAGGAGCGAAUGAGAAGACUUAUGGCAGAAGAUGAGGAAGGUUAUCGAAAACUAAUUGAUCAGAAGAAAGACAAGCGUCUGGCCUAUCUGCUUCAGCAGACAGAUGAGUAUGUGGCCAAUCUCACCUCGCUGGUGUACGAACACAAAGCUGCCCAAGCAGCCAAGGAGAAGAAGAGGAAGAGAAAGAGGAAGAAGAAGUUGGAUGGAGAUGGUGAAAGCACCAGUGCCAUUGGCCCGGAUGGAGAGCCCAUGGACGAGAGCAGCCAAAUGAGUGAGCUUCCAGUCAAAGUGAUUCAGACAGAGACUGGGAAGGUUUUGCAGGGAACAGAUGCUCCCAAAUCCAGCCAACUGGAAGCGUGGCUGGAGAUGAAUCCUGGGUAUGAGGUUGCCCCACGUUCAGACAGCGAGGAGAGUGGCUCAGAGUUUGAGGAGGAGGAGGAAGAUGAGGUGGCCAGGGCAGAAGCUGACGAAAAGAAAAUAAUCGAUCCCAAUGGAGAUGAAGUACCUGUGAAAGAUGCCAAGAACAUCAUUGAGACGGCCAAACAGGAUGUGGAUGAUGAGUACAGUGUUCCUACUGGACAAACCAGCUCCCAGUCGUACUAUGGUGUGGCCCAUGCUGUCAUCGAACGAGUGGAGAAACAGUCAUCACUUCUCAUCAACGGCAUGCUCAAACAGUACCAGAUCCAAGGGCUCGAGUGGAUGGUGUCCCUGUACAACAACAAUCUAAAUGGCAUUCUAGCUGAUGAGAUGGGCCUCGGCAAAACCAUCCAAACCAUCGCCCUUAUCACCUACCUGAUGGAGCACAAGAGGCUCAACGGGCCCUAUCUCAUCAUCGUUCCUCUCUCAACUUUGUCUAACUGGGUUUAUGAACUUGAUAAGUGGGCUCCCUCUGUGGUCAAAAUAGCUUACAAGGGCACUCCCGCUUUACGCCGUGGGCUUGUGCCUCAGCUUCGCAGUGGGAAGUUCAACGUCCUGCUGACCACCUAUGAAUACAUCAUCAAGGACAAACACAUUCUGGCCAAGAUUCGAUGGAAGUACAUGAUUGUGGAUGAAGGGCACCGCAUGAAGAACCACCACUGUAAACUGACGCAGGUGUUGAACACCCACUAUGUGGCUCCCCGCCGCAUCCUCCUUACCGGUACACCACUGCAGAACAAGCUGCCUGAGCUUUGGGCCCUGCUCAACUUCCUGCUUCCAACCAUUUUCAAGAGCUGCAGCACCUUUGAGCAGUGGUUCAACGCACCCUUCGCCAUGACAGGAGAGCGGGUCGACCUAAAUGAGGAGGAGACCAUCCUGAUCAUUAGGCGUUUGCACAAGGUGCUCCGUCCCUUCCUGCUACGCAGACUGAAGAAGGAGGUGGAGUCUCAGCUGCCAGAAAAGGUGGAGUAUGUGAUUAAAUGUGACAUGUCUGCCAUUCAGAAGGUUCUCUACCGCCACAUGCAAAAAGGCAUCCUUCUCACUGACGGCUCUGAGAAAGAUAAGAAGGGCAAAGGAGGAGCAAAGACCCUAAUGAACACUAUCAUGCAGUUGAAGAAGAUCUGCAACCACCCAUAUAUGUUCCAGCACAUUGAGGAAUCUUUUGCUGAGCACUUGGGCUUUCCAAACGGCAUCAUUAAUGGACCUGAUCUGUACCGGGCUUCUGGAAAGUUUGAGCUCCUGGACCGCAUCCUGCCGAAGCUCCAGGCCACAAACCACAGAGUCCUGCUUUUCUGUCAAAUGACGACCCUUAUGACAAUAAUGGAGGACUACUUCAGCUACCGCAACUUCCAGUACCUACGGCUUGAUGGAACAACCAAGUCUGAGGACCGAGCUGCACUGCUGAAGAAAUUUAAUGAGAAAGGAUCUCAGUACUUCAUCUUCCUGCUCAGCACCAGAGCCGGUGGUCUCGGCCUCAACCUGCAGGCUGCUGACACCGUUGUGAUAUUUGACAGUGACUGGAAUCCCCAUCAGGACCUUCAGGCUCAGGACCGUGCUCACCGCAUCGGUCAGCAGAAUGAGGUGCGUGUGCUGCGUCUCUGCAGCGUCAACAGUGUGGAGGAAAAGAUCCUGGCAGCUGCCAAAUACAAACUCAAUGUGGAUCAGAAAGUUAUCCAGGCCGGCAUGUUCGACCAGAAGUCCUCGAGCCACGAGCGCCGUGCCUUCCUCCAGGCCAUCUUAGAGCACGAGGAGCAGAAUGAGGAGGAAGAUGAGGUACCUGAUGAUGAGACCCUCAACCAGAUGAUAGCUCGCAAUGAAGAUGAGUUUGAGCUUUUCAUGCGCAUGGACAUGGACCGACGCCGGGAGGAUGCCAGGAACCCAAAGCGUAAGCCUCGUCUCAUGGAGGAGGACGAGCUGCCUUCUUGGAUCAUCAAAGACGACGCUGAGGUGGAGCGGCUGACUUACGAAGAGGAGGAGGAGAAGAUGUUUGGCCGAGGAUCACGCUGUCGCCGUGACGUGGACUACAGUGACACACUGACGGAGAAACAGUGGCUACGGGCCAUUGAGGAUGGAAACCUGGAGGAGAUGGAGGAGGAGAUUCGGCUGAAGAAGCGCAAACGUAAGAGACGUCAAGACAAGGACUCAUCCAGCAGAGACGACGGGGGCAGCAAGGCCAAAAAGAGACGUGGGCGACCACCUGCUGAGAAGCUGUCUCCAAAUCCCCCCAGACUCACCAAACAAAUGAACACAAUCAUCGAUACUGUCAUCAACUACAGAGAUGGGUCAGGACGACAACUCAGCGAGGUCUUUGUCCAAUUACCAUCGAGAAAAGAGCUCCCAGAAUAUUAUGAGCUGAUCAGGAAACCAGUGGACUUCAAGAAAAUCAAGGAACGUGUGAGGAACCAUAAGUACAGGAAUGUGGGAGACCUGGAGAAGGAUGUGAUGCUGCUCUGUCACAACGCACAGACCUUUAACCUGGAAGGAUCCCAGAUAUACGAGGACUCCAUUGUGCUUCAGUCUGUGUUCAAGAGCGCCAGGCAGAAGAUUGCCAAGGACGAAGACAGCGAAGAUGACAGUGAUGAGGAUGAUGAUGAAGAUGAUGACUCAGAGGCCGAGGCCAAGUCUGUGCGGGUUAAGAUCAAGCUGAGUAAAGAAGCACGCAGCCACGACAAAGGCAAGAAGAGGCAAAGCCGAGUGAAAGCCAAGCCUGUGGUCAGCGAUGACGACAGCGACGAGGAUCUGGACGAUAAUGAUCACUCAGACAAGAGCAAGAGCGAUGACGAGUGAGGCAACGCAAGGACGUGAGCUGUUUAUAGCACUUAAAAACACAGACGGUAUCUUCCAUUACUGUUUGUCAUACUCUGUAUUGUUUCACUUUGUGUUGUCUUUAUCUGUACUGCAUACUCUCCCACCAGCUACAAAAUCUAUUACUCAUAUUGAUAAGCCACAGCAAUACCAGUGCUUUCAACGCUUUCAAAGACUGUUUUUUAGUAUAUUUUUAACUCUUUAACUGAUUUAAAGCUUUUAAUCUGCUACGGAAAAACAGAUACAAACAAGAUUUUGGCCCAUUACAUACAAAUAAGCUUGAUUUGUAGGUGCUUGCACUUUUUGAAAAUGAAAUGUUUAAUAUCCAAGUUUUAUUAAUGUGUAUUUAAAAAAGUUAAGCCAAGGUCAUUCAAAUGAAAUUUGAGAUGACACGCUUGUAGUAGAGGUUUUAAUUGGACUUGUUUUGCCGUGUUCAGUGCCAAAUGUUAGAACAUACAGAGAGUAGAUGUGAACCUCGUCCCAACCUGCGAUAAGCCAAUCAAAGCCUAGCAACCAAAGCUAGGCACCUCAGCUCUGUCACUUAACCAUCGUUCCUUCAGUAAUCCACACAUGAACACAGGGUCAGCAGGGAAACUACAGCCCAGUGUCUCUGAUCAGCUGUCCAGAGCACACACGUUGUUUAUUUCAUCCAUGCUGUGGCAUGUUGACAGAUGUUGCAACACAUACAAAUUACACAACAACACAUUGUGUAAACUGUUAAAGUCUCUACGUCAAAGCACAACAAAGUGUAAAAAAACAUUUCAGAUGGGCGUGAAUCCAUGAAGCUUUUAAACUGCUUUCAUUAGUCGUACUAUAACCUUACAGAACGUCAUGUAGGCCAGUCCAUGGAUUUAUUGUGUUAUUUUAGUCCUUAACUCGUUCAAGUUGUGACUCAGAGCAGAAGCUUUGAACCGUGUUGUCAUUUCCACCGUGAAAGGAGUGUUUGAGGUGUUCGCUGGAGAAACCAGCCCUCAGAGCAGCAUCUCACUUCAGGCUGACGAUUUGUGGGAAAAGCUGCAGCUGAAUGAAACCAGCAUCUGUCAUAGCAGUAAAUGUAGCUUUUGUACAGGCCCCUCCUGACACGUCGUACGUCUUCAGAAAGGCGGUAGACUCACAACAAAUCAGCAGUAUUAUGAUCUGAACGACAUUCAAACCGCACAUUUGUAUUGAUUUCUGCCUUUGAGAUGUCUGUGAACCUUAUGUAUUAGUUUGAGUCAUUUUAUUGUGUUGGUGGCAUGACUUCUUUUGGCUUCACUAUACUGUGUACAUGCGGAUCUGUCCUUUCUGUGCUUGCUGUCUCUCCAUAAGUAGGACUUAUUCUCUGCUUUCUUUGCACAGUGUCUUUGUGGUUGUAUGUCAUAGCCCAGAGCGAAUAAACUCACUGAUUCUGAA